AAUUAAAUUCAAAAUCGUCUGCCGCAAAACCCACAAAUUCAUUCCUAAUAAAGGUGUCUUAACCGCGUCAUUAUUCAAUUCCGGUUGCAAUAAUUGGAUCAGAUCAGAUCAGAUCGGAGAUCAAAAACAAAUAAUCAUCAAUCAAGUCAAAAUAAAACGUAGAAAUUAAGGGCUGAAAAUGGCGCCAAUAGUAUCAGCACUAGCAAAGUACAAGCUAGUCUUCUUAGGCGAUCAAUCCGUCGGCAAAACCAGCAUUAUCACUCGGUUUAUGUAUGACAAGUUCGACACUUCUUAUCAGGCAACCAUUGGAAUUGACUUCUUGUCUAAGACUAUGUAUCUCGAAGACCGGACAGUUCGCCUGCAGUUGUGGGAUACUGCCGGGCAAGAGAGAUUUAGGAGUCUAAUACCAAGCUAUAUUAGGGAUUCCUCGGUUGCAGUCAUUACAUAUGAUGUUGCAAGUCGACCGACUUUUCUUAACACGAUAAAGUGGAUCGAGGAAGUUCGUGCAGAGAGAGGCAGUGAUGUUAUUAUUGUUCUGGUUGGGAACAAGACUGACCUUGUGGACAAAAGGCAAGUCUCUGUGGAGGAAGGAGAAGCAAAAGCCAGUGAGCUAAAAGUCAUGUUUAUCGAAACAAGUGCUAAAGCUGGGUUCAACAUAAAGGCUUUAUUUCGGAAAAUAGCAUCUGCAUUACCUGGAAUGGAAACACUUUCUGCAACAAAACAUGAAGAAAUGGUUGAUGUGAAUUUGAAGUCUUCGAGCGUGACUUCAUCCCAGCCAGAAUCUGGUGGGUGUGCUUGCUGAUUAUAGUCAAGUCCAGACUCUUUAGACAGACAUUUCUUUGCUCCAACGAUGGCUGUUAAUCUAGUUGCUGGCUCAACAAUUUGUUUCUGUCUUGCGCAAAGUUCCAGGUGCAUACGCAAAAGGUCAGAAACAAAACUAUUCAACUGGAACCCUUGUGUUUAUUGAUUUGGUAUUGUAAUUCACCACAAAUGUAUGUAACGAUUUCUGUUUUUUUUUUUCUUUUUCAAUUUAUUCUAUUUGUUACGGGAGUAGAAUACCCUUGUGUACUUGAGUAGUAGCUUGUCAUGUGAAAAAAUUUAUGUAGAAUCCCAAAGAUUUUGAUUUCAUUUUAUAUGGAUUAAUGAUGAAACAAAA